CUAAUAUCUACAUUAUUCUAACGAAAUCGAUGAACCACCGUCCGAUGAAAUAAGAUCCGUCUGUAUUGGGAAAAAUCGAGCAAGGAGGAGAGAGCACAUAUACAAUGACUGCAGCCUUUGCACAAGAAGACUCCGAAGCUGACUAUUCCCAGCUGGAAGCGGUGAGCGGUUUGGAGUCGCCCGUCUCCUCUUCCUCGCGAAACGAAAAUCUGCUCCUUAAAAAUACCUCAUCCGGGAGACAGACACAGACGUCCACCGGCAGCCUCAACCUAGAGGAAAGCAUCACCAAGCCCCUGGUCUCCUCUGCAGCCGCCACCGCUGCAUACAUCAUGACAUCUGGAGAAUUCAUGCAGAGCGCUCCCCUGUUCGUGCGGAGAUCCAGGCGCAACCUCCUCUAUAAGAUCCUCUGCUUCCUCGUCCUCGUUUUCCAGGGCGGUAUUCUGGAUUUCUACCUGAUCGUGUUCACCGAUCUCUACUGGUCCUCAUGGGUAGCCACCGACUUGGUUGUGAUAACAGGGUGGGGGAUUUUCUUCAUAAAGAACGCCAGGAGCAAACGCGAGCGGGCUUGUGGAUUCCACCAGAAGACCUCCAUCUUCGGAUGCAACCUCGGGGAAUUCACCUUCGCGUAUUUAGCGUGGCUUAUCUAUGUUAUCGCAUGCACUCCGAAAGUGGUGCUCAUACUGGAGACGUCCAUUCUGGAUCUGAUUCAGCUAAAAGUGCUGCUCGGGAUCACAGGCUUUAAAAUAAUAAUGAUGCUAUCCGUACCAUUACUCUACUGCCUGAUAAAUUCAAUCAUUGAGGACGUGAACGGGGCGAGUCGAUACUAUUCACAAAGUUGCUUCAUGGUCACCUGCUUGGACCUGCUGGACAGCUUCACGCUGAUAGAAAUGCUACUGAGGAACGAGAUCCCCACCAACUACCUGAAGUACACGGUCAUUUCUGUUUACUUCAUCGCGCUGGGUGUCCCGGUCUUGUGGCUUUACGAGCUGACCUCCUCGCAAAUGAACUGCAGGUGGAUUUGGACCAAGUUCCUCACUGGCCUCUUGGUCAACGUGCCGUUGCUUGUGGUGAGGUGCCUGCUCAUGUAUGUUCACAGGAUGCCAGUGUCGGUGUUCAUGUUUAAAAACGUGUUCAUCCUAGCUUGUAAGUGCCUGGAGUUGUUGGAGCAAUGCUGUAUGCUGAAGGGAGUUAGGAAAUUGACCGGCGACAACCCGGCCCAGGUAUCACAUUGUGUCUCGGAGAAUGACAUGUGUCCUCAUGGUUAUGUCAACACGCUGGCGGUCAACACGCAAUCGUAAAAGGUUAGAUCGCAAAACCUAGAUUUUCGUUUUGGGGACCAAGUGCUGAUAGUAUGACCGACAGCGACUAUCUGCAACACAUUCUCAGCAGGUGCUAAAAUCAAACACGACAGUAUAUCAUUAAUCAAGACGUCAUACCCACGAUUGUGACACACAAAGGAGAUUACGAUAGUGGGAUGUUUUAUGGCUGUGAGAUAAUUGAUGUGUUUGUGCUGUUUGUCAGUAAUUGCAUUGCAUGUCUAAGCUACAGUGUGUUGCACUUUAAUAGGUGAUAUUUUCUUGAGGCAAAGUGCAAUAUAGAAAUAUACCCGACAAUGUAUUAUUUGUGCACUCAUGUGUACACUACUAUUUGCUAGCGUAAUUUAUAAUAUUACGAAUCUAUUUCUCAGAUAGCACACAUAUGUUGAAAUGACAUCGAUUCCAUAUCAGACAACACAAAGAAACAACGCUGAUCUUCAAUCUUUUACUUUAAAUCAACAUUGAAUCAAUUAAGUUUCAACGCUGAUAAUUUAACACUGACCAUAAUUCAACGCAUUUAACGAUGAUUCAACGUUGAAAUAAUAACAUGGGUGCUAUCUGGGUUAGAAUUAAGUUAAUUACAAAAUUACUUGUUGAGAGUCAAGUGGAAAUUUGGUGCACAACACAUCAAUUAACAAUAUGUAGGCUAUAGGCUAAAACACCACUGUCAUUUGUCAAUAAUAGUAUUGUACUACACAUUCAAAUGCCAACAAUGACCUUAAUAUUUUAUGAAGUAUACAUUAAUGAAUUUUAUUUUGUGCCUCUUCCGAUUUAAACAGCGUACGCAUUUAAUUUGCAGACUGCAAACUUUUUAAAAAGCCUACGGCGCACUGAAUGCGUGUGUUUGUUUAUUUUAAUUUUGUAACGAUUUUCCCAUGAAUGGAUUGUUAAAAUCAUGAUUAGUCAUUAAAUUUACAUUUGAUAUUUCACAUUCACUUUGGAAUUAAGGCUUUGAAACCUAUUGUGGCUGUCAGUCAUUGCCUGAUUUGGACGCCAACAGGAAAUAAGUUAAAACGGAUCGCGAUUGGCAGUGUGGCGACAUCAAACCCAUAACCAUAUGUUUAUGCCAUGUUAUUUUCCAAACAACGGUCAAUAUUCUUGAACAUAAAAGCAAAAAAUAAAUUAACUGGCAGGGAGAAUCCAGUAACUCCUCAUUAUCUCUGCGGGAGAUGCUAUGAAGGUGUGAAGUUAGGCAUUUCCUUUACCUUACUUAGCAGACUAUAAUCUGAUGAGAUAUUACAGUGGUCAGGCCUUAACAAUGUAGCUUAAAUCAGCCCGUAACUUUGUAAGUAUUAUUGUAUAACUAAAGAGUAACAAGUGUACUCUGGGAUUAUUCUGUAAAUCUUCUUGAUUAGUUCAUUAUUCGGAGAUCACCCAUACAUCGAUGAAUUCUCGAUUCACUUUAUUCAUAGACCUAUGACAGGUAGACAUCAGAUUCUUCUUUCUAAAAUGUCGGAAUUGUGAUUACAAGAUGAAAGGUUCAAGUCAAAGGGAUUAACUUGAGAAAAUGAACGGUACAUUUAGGAUGAUAAGUGUUUAAGAUCAAAGAUAAUAUGUAAUUUGACCAAUGGAGAGC